GCACCGGCAGCGGCCGUCAGGGGCGGCGGAGCCGGCGGCCCCGCUCCGCUCGGUACCGGCGAGACAAAAGGCGGCGGCGGAGCGGCGGAGCGGCGGCGGGAGGGUGGGGGGAGAUGGGCGGCGGGGCGGCGCCAUGAGGAGGAGACGGCGGCGAGCAUGGCGGCGGGCGGCGGCGGGGCGCGGCGGGGGCUGCUGAAGCGGAAACCGAACUUCACGCUGCAGGAGAUCGACAUCCUCAUGAGCGAGGUGCUCAAGUACGAGCAGCUGCUCUUCGGCGCCGCCGCCAGCACCGUCAACGCCUACGAGAAGCAGAAGAUCUGGUGGCGCAUCACCAACAAGAUCAACGCCGCCGGGCGCAACCAGCGCGACAUCGGCGAGGUGAAGAACCGCUGGCGGGGGCUGCGCCGGCGGGCCAACGACAAGAUCACCCGGCACCGGCAGGAGAGGCAGGGACCCGCCGCCCGACCCGCCGUCCGACCCGGCAACGGCAACGGCAACGGCAACGGCGGCAGCGGUUCCGGGCCGGGCCCGCCGGAGCUCGGCCCCGGGCCCGCGCCCGGGUGGGGACCGCGCGGCGCCGCCGGCAUCGACCCGCCGGUUCUCAGCGUGGAGGUGGUGGCGCCGCACGGCGUCAAGGAGGAGGCGGUGAAGGAGGAGCCGGUGGAGGUGAAGACUGAGCCCUUCCACGGUCCGGCCGCCGACGGCAUCCCCGGCCGCGGCACCGAGCGCCGGCUACACCGCGCUGGCAUCCGCCCCUCCGGCGAGCUGGGCGAAGGCUGGAGCCGCAGCCCCCCGCGCCCCCCGCCCCCCGAACUCUCGCUGGGCGAGCUGGGCGGGCAGCCGGAGCCCUUGGGUUCCGAUUUUCCCAACCUCCUCUUCCAACAAGAAACCGAGCAUCUCACUAACUGCGGCGGGGGCGAAGCCGGGCCCCCCCCGGGGACGCCGGCGGGGCUGGGGGACGGGACGCCCGACUGUACCCAACUCACCCCGGCCGAAAAACGCAUCGUGCAGUCCAACGAGCGGCUGGUGCAGGAGAUGCGGGCGUUCCGGCGGGAAUACGCCGAGAGCCGGCGGGAAACCACCUGCGUCCUGCGCGGCAUCGCCCAGGCGUUGGCCGGCCUCGGCCGCAGCCUGGCCGAAAUCCGGGACCUCUACCUCCGGGAGCAGGCGGCCCCCAAACCCUGACCCCCCCUCCCCGUGUCCCCCGUGCCCCCCCCCCCACGCAGCUGGCUGUGUGCCCUGGGGACACCCUUCCCCCCCACCCCACCCCCCCCGGCGCCCGCCUGGCUUCUUUUCUUCUUUUUCUUAUUUUUAAUUAUAUUUUUUUUUUCCUUUCUCCAUCCCACUUCAAUAAAACUCAGAGCUGCCCCCUCCUCCCUCCCCCCGGCUCCCCCA